GUACUCUGUUAUGAUGAUGUCUCCCCCCUCUGGACUGUUUUAAUAUCUACAUAUAAUAAAGUGAAAUUUGCAAAGAGUAAAGUAGAAAGAAAUUGUCAACAUGGAGUUUGCAGAAUUUAUUAAGACACCUAUGGUGAACAGUGUGAUACUGCAUCGCCCCUUCACACCUGAUAUGGAGGGGACCCUGUGUGUUACAGGCCAUCACUUAAUCAUUUCAUCUAGGUGUGAGAACCAUGAAGAGCUAUGGCUUCUACACAACAACAUUGACAGUGUGGAGAAGAAAUUAAGUGGAAGUGGUGGAAUUCUUACUCUGAAAUGCAAAGAUUUCCUCAUCCUGUAUUUAGAAAUACCUUCAGCUGAAGAUUGCAUCAAUGUUGCGGCCUCUGUAGAAGCCUUGUCUAACAUAGAUGACAUCACACUGCGCUAUCCAUUUUUCUUUCGACCCAUGUUUGAGGUCCUGGAAAAUGGGUGGCAGGCUUUUAGCCCUGAAACAGAGUUUAACAGAUUUAAAGAAUGCUCAGAAGACUGGAGGCUUUCAUAUGUGAACAAAGAUUAUAAGAUAUGUCCAACCUACCCACAAGCUGUGUUUGUACCUAAGAAUGUUGAUGAUGAAACCAUCAUUAAGGCUGCCACAUUUAGACAGGGUGGAAGAUUUCCAGUGUUAAGCUACUACCACAAAGAUUCUAAGACAGUAUUGCUGCGAAGUAGCCAACCAUUAACUGGCCCAAAUGGAAAAAGAUGCAAAGAAGAUGAGAGGCUUGUUAAUUCUGUGAUGGGGAUGGGUAAAAGAGGAUUUAUUGUGGAUACAAGGGCGCAGAAUGUUGCCAAAAUGGCACAGAGUAAAGGUGGAGGCUACGAACUAGAGGCCCACUACCCACAGUGGAGAAGGAUACACCAGCCGGUAGAGAGACGUCAGUCCUUUCAUGACUCUCUGAUUAAAAUGAUUGAAGCAUGUAAUGACAGUGGGAGCAGCAUGGACAAGUGGUUGUCUAAACUAGAGUCCAGCAAUUGGCUGACCCAUGUGAAGGACAUCAUCACAUCUUCUUGUGUGGUUGCCCAAAGUAUGGACAAGGAAGGUGUGUCAGUGUUGGUUCAUGGCUCAGAAGGACUGGACACAACUCUCCUAGUCUCAUCUUUGUCGCAGGUCAUUCUUGAUCAUGACUGCCGCACUGUCACUGGAUUUGAAGCCUUGAUUGAGAGAGAAUGGAUUCAGGCUGGCCACCCAUUCCGUACCCGCUGUAAUAAAUCAGCCUAUGCCAUCACCAAACAAAGACAAGAGUCCCCAGUGUUUCUGCUUUUCAUUGACUGUGUCUGGCAGAUUUGGCAACAAUUUCCCUGCUCAUUUGAAUUUAGUGAAAAGUUUCUGGUGAUUUUGUUUCAACAUGCCUAUUCCUCCAACUUUGGCACAUUCCUUUGUAACAAUGAAGCAGAGAGGCAUCAGUGUAAAUUGGAACAUAGAACAGUUUCUUUGUGGUCCUUUUUGAACCGACCAGAAAUUCUUCAGGAUUACAUGAACCCAAUGUAUGAGCCCAACCCUUCUGUUAUUUGGCCCUCAGUUGCACCACAAAGUUUGAAUGUUUGGACUGGCUUGUAUCUACGCGGUGUCAUCAACCAGGCCCCACAGGAAGAGGCGUGGCAAGAAAUCUACAAGAUUAGAGAGUAUGAUAAAGAACUCAGGUCAAAGGUGAACAAGCUCCGCCUUCAGCUAGCCUCCCUAGAAAAAGAAGCUAUAGCCAACGGAGUGGUGACCCCACCUCAUGACGCUGGCAUUGGAGCUGCUGUUGGUACUAAUUAGUAAACAUGAGUAUACGAUAGUUCAAAGAUACUUUUUAAAAUUAAGGUACUAAUUAGUAUACAUUAGCAAAAAAGAUACUUUUUUUAAAAUGCUGGACAGUUUAAUCUCAUUUGUCAUGCAGUGCUGUGAUUUUAAACUUUUUGUGUGGCUAAUUUCAGGAAGUAAACCAACUGAAUGUCACCAUUUAACAAUAAUUUAAAAUUGUACAUUUUUUAAAAUAUUGUUUUGGUGAAAUUGGUAAUUUUAAUUAAUUUUCAUAAAUUAUAAAAUUUUGUUUACACUCUUCUUGCCAUACUGGGUAAAUAGAUUUGAAUUUUUAAAAAAUGUUUUGUAAUAUUACAAACAUAGUAGAACCUCAUUUACCCUGAUUCUGGAUUGUUCCAUUUUCAUACAGAUCAAAUGUCAAAAAAUGGAAUAAAUUUUAGAGCUACUAUAUUUUUUAGAUGAUUGAUUACAGGAUUGACUUAAUAUUUCAAAAUUAACGGGGGUUUUUAAGUUUGUGUUUUUCAGAACUUUACUUGUCCUACUUAUAUAACUUAAUUUCUUUUAAGUGCUAAGCAUUCUAACAUUUUUCAUUAUCUCAUGUCAAUCUUGGUUCAUGCCAGGUGCUCUUGGUUUAGUUACCUCAGUUAAAUGUUGUUCUUACUAUUUUUCUAUAAGUGCACCAUUAUAAAUUGUUUAUUUAUAUUUAUUUAUGUACAAAAUGACAUUCCACUUAGUAAAUAAUUUUUCACCAACUCAUUUGACAUGGUCCUGAAUGUCUUUGUGUUUUUGUUUGCUCAUAUAUGAUAUUGUUGUUUUUUUUUAAAAGCUGGCUCUCCCAUAAACAAUGUAAUCAACUUAAAAAGGUUAUUAAAUUAAAAUUAAUUUGAUAAUAAUUAUUAGAACUAUCAGAUUUACCUAAUUUUAUGAAUAUCAGCAACAAAAAUAAAACAAAAAGUAGUUAUAUUUAUUAAGUAAUUUGAAAUUACCUUUGAUAGUGUGUCCAAUUUCCUGUUGUAUUGUGGUAUUUAUUGGUCAUUUGGGGCAUUAGAUAAAUAGAUGAAGGGUGUUUUUUAAUUUCCGAAACAGAUAAUAACCAAUCUGUUUGCAGUUAUAGAAAAUAUUCUUUUUACAAUUUGUAUUGUAGAUCUAUUUGUUUUAAAUUACAUGAUACUAUUACAGAACCAACAUUAAAGAUGUAUUUUGUAGUUUUACCUCUGAGUUAUUGAGGAACUACUUUAUUUUUGGUAAACAGUACAAAUAUAAUUGUUCAAAAUGCUAAUUAAUUCAAAUUUAAUGAGCAGAAACAAGUCUUUGGAAGUCUUAUUUUUAUGAAUUAAUAAACAAAACAUUUGUAGAAAAUAUUGUGAUUCAUGUUCUGUGAUGAUAUUUAACAAUGUUUUUAAAUAAUUUAUUAGAUUCAUUUAAAAAGUUGAAUUCUAUAAUACAAUUUCUUAUGGACUUUUUUUUUUAUUUUCCUGAUCAUUUUCAGUGCACAGUUUAAUUUUAUUAUAAUUAUAAUACUCUUUUUUUAAUGUUUUUGUGGGACAUUCUGUAAAAGUAAUUUAUGUUAUGCCUAGUGUCCCAUAAACUGUAAUAAUUGUUGUACCAAAUUUUCUUUCCUAUUCUUUUUACGUUGAUAGUUUUGGGUUCUGAAGUAAUCUGUGCCCAAUGAUAAAUCAUUUUACAAAAUAGGUAUUUAUUUCAUUUAAAAUGUGUCAGUUUAAAAUAUUUUUAAUAACUUAAUAUUGUUUUGUGGUUUAUUUAAUAUUGUAAUAUUAUACUUGUUAACUGUUGUUUUUAUUUUAUUUUUUUAUUAUCUUGUAAUGCCUCAUUAUGUGAUUAAAAAGGUUUUAUUUUCUAAGCCUUUGCAACAUUUUAAAUAACCAACCUAUACUAGAACCUUGUUGUAAAUAUUUUUAAAAAAAAUUGAUUCUGAAUUAUAUGGUUCAGUUUGUAAAACACCUAGCACAUUAUGGCAUAGGGACAUCAUGGCCUAAGCAGUAGAGCGCUAGGCUGCUAACCUGGAAGUCAUGAGUUCAAAUCUGGGCCCA